UGAGUUGGCAGCACAGUCUGGCAGCACUGCGCCUUGAACUCUGUAUUUCCAUUUCCCGGCGAAAAUUCGCAUUUAUUAAUAACAUUCAAAAAUCUCCAGCACACAAGAGCGGAUCACAAGCAAUGGCGCAACCUCAGCCCCCGGCCUACGAAAACAAAAAUAUCUACGCAACGCUGCCGCGCACCCAACGGGGCCAACCCAUUGUGCUGGGUGCCGAUCCCAAGGGCAAGAACUUCCUCUACACGAAUGGAAACUCCGUGAUCAUCCGGAACAUCGAGAAUCCAGCCAUCGCCGAUGUGUACACGGAACACUCAUGUGCAGUCAACGUGGCCAAGUACUCGCCCAGCGGAUUCUACAUUGCAUCUGGUGACGCCUCGGGCAAGAUUCGCAUCUGGGACACGGUAAACAAGGAGCACCUUCUCAAGAAUGAGUUCCAGCCGAUUGCAGGACCCAUCAAGGACAUCAGUUGGUCGCCGGACAACCAACGUAUCGUGGCCGUGGGCGAGGGACGAGAGCGGUUUGGUCAUGUCUUCAUGUCUGAAACUGGUACUUCCGUCGGCGAGAUCAGCGGACAGUCAAAGUCGAUCAACUCUGCCGAUUUCCGGCCAGCCAGGCCAUUCCGCAUCGUGACUGGCAGCGAGGACAACACGACUGCUGUUUUCGAAGGACCUCCAUUCAAGUUCAAGAUGACCAAGCAGGAGCACUCGCGAUUCGUCCAGGCUGUACGAUACUCUCCAGACGGCAAGUUCUUCGCCUCGGCUGGCUUUGAUGGGAAGGUCUUCCUUUAUGACGGCGUGAGCUCCGAGUUGGUGGGCGAAUUUGGGUCGCCAGCUCAUAAGGGUGGCGUCUAUGCCUUGGCCUGGAAGCCAGACAGUACCCAGCUGCUGACCUGCUCCGGCGAUAAGACAUGUCGCUUGUGGCAGGUGGAGUCGCGUGAACUUGUUUCUGAGUUCGUAAUGGGAGCCACUGUGGACGAUCAGCAGGUGUCCUGCCUGUGGCAGGGAGACCACCUUAUCACUGUGUCGCUGUCGGGUGUGAUAACCUACCUCAACGUUGCCGACCCCAGCAAGCCUUUGCGCGUGGUCAAGGGACACAACAAGCCAAUAACUGUGCUGGGCCUGAGUGAUGACCGCAGCACCAUCUACACUGGCAGCCACGACGGCGUAGUGACCAACUGGAACUCUGGCAACGGUACGAACGAUCGUAUCACUGGCACCGGACAUGGAAACCAGAUCAAUGGAAUUGCCGCCUGGGGCGACUUCGUCUACACCUGUGGCAUUGAUGACAGUCUGCGCCAGUUCAGCGUGGAGGGCAAUGUCUACACCGACUACGUGGUCAAGCUCAACUGUCAGCCUCGCGGUCUGGCCAUCUUGCGCAGCGAGAACAUAAUCGCCCUGGCCUGUAUCAAGGAGCUGACCCUUGUGCAGGAUCAGAAAAAGAUAUUCUCGCUCCCAAUCAAGUACGAGGCCAGUUCAAUCGCUGUCAACGCCGACACCCACGAUGUCGCUGUCGGAGGCGACGACCAAAAACUGCAUAUCUACUCGCUCAAGGCCGGUGUCCUGGAGCCUAAGGUUGAGCUGGAUCACCUGGGUGCAGUGACUGAUGUUUCCUACUCACCGGAUCAAAAGUAUCUGGUGGCUUGUGACGCCCAUCGCAAGGUCGUGCUCUACUCUGUGGAGGAGUACAAGCCUGCACACAACAAGGAGUGGGGCUUCCACAGUGCUCGCGUAAACACCGUGGCCUGGUCGCCAAACUCGUUGCUGGUGGCUAGUGGAUCGCUGGACACUACAAUCAUUAUUUGGUCUGUGGCCAAUCCGGCCAAGCAUACUAUCAUAAAGAAUGCGCACCCGCAGUCGCAAAUCACUCGACUGGUCUGGCUGGACAACAACACUGUGAUCUCAACUGGCCAGGACUGCAACACCAAGGUGUGGCACGUGGAAACUAUCUAAGAGUCGGCGCCGCGACAAACGUUUUAUACUUAUCCAGGGGAGCAGCCAGCAGCCCCCUGGCUUCAAUUCAUUUAAGUGCAAGAGUUUACAUUACCUAUUUAUGUCUUUAGUCCCGCCCGUCAUGUCAUGUCUUUACAUUUAAGCCCAAAGUGUUUACUAAUCAUCAUGCAAUGGAUACCAAUAUCCUUAGCCCACUAUCAUUUGCUACUGCGUUUUCGCAAUUAUUUUUUCUACUACUCGAGCUAAGAACUAAAUACGAAAACCCAACUUUUGCAAGGUACGCCCGCGUACGUAAAUUAUUGUAUUAUGAAGUGAAAUAUAUUAGUUUUGGCAUAA